GUGACAUAUCCUCUAUUGUGACACUUUCUCCAGCUAUAUCACCUGUCAAAUGAUAGGGGAUCCUCUCUGAGAACUUCGCCCAAGUGACAAUGAAGUCUCCUGCAAAAUCUUUUUGGAGGAGAAAAAAAGGACUGAGGGAGUAAAAAAGAGAAGGCUGGGAAGGCUGCAGAUCCCUCUUCAAAAAAGGAAUGCCAACCCCGCUGAGAAGAAAAAGGAAGCAGCAAUCCCCACGUGCCCAUUCCUGGGCUUGGCAGUUUGUUGCCUUCCAGAGAGAGAGGACCAUAUCCUGCAAUUAGAGGACCAAAGGGAUUUAAUUUCUAUCCAGAGAAUAAGGACCUUUCUGUGGAAGAUGGGGGAAAUAUAAACAUGUCCUCCUGGAGUUGUUGCAAAGAAGAAGAACCCCCCAAAAGUAAACCUCAGUCAAUGGAAGUUCUAAAGCCAAUUCCCAAAGUUAAGCCCCUGGUAGUCCCAGUUGCCUAUGUUCUGAAGCAUGAGGAAGAUGAUGACGAGCUGGGGCAACAGGAACAGGAGAAGCUGAGGCAGGAACAAGAAAAACAGAGACAGGAACAGGAAAAACAGAGGCAGGAACAGGAGAAACAGAAGCAAAGCCAGAACCAUCAGGAAUCAUCAGGCCAAGACGAUGCUGUUACACAGCCCUCUACCUCAGCCAGUGAAACAAUGAGAGAGGCAGGAACACAAACCAAUCCACACUGUUUCCCUAAAUCACCAGCAAAGGUCACACUGGAUGAGAUUCUACGUGGGAUGCAGAGGAUCCAGAUGACUAUGGAUCACACGGUGAGAGAUUUUGAGCAGCGCAUCUCCCGUCUGGAGCGGAUAGUUUUAAAAAUGAGGAAUGCAUGGAUUCACCAUCGAACCUGCCAUCUGGAGGGCCUAGAGUAUGAUGAUGAACAGGAAGAUUAAUUUUUAAAAUGGGAACGUCAAGUGUUUUUUUUUUCUGGAUUGCAUUUCCCGAAUUCCAGUCAACUCACAGAAUUGCUGUGUCAGUGACCCUGCUUUAAAGCAGGAUGAAAAGUUGCUAAUGCACGUCAGCAGAUGCAGAAGUGCGGCACCAGGAUGCUGGAUGAGAAAGCUGUGGGCCAUCAUUAGUACUGAAAAAAAGAUUUUACUCUCUUCUACAAUCUGAUUUUACUGAUCAGGUCUUCCAGAUGGAAUAGAAGUGGUGACUCGAUCUUAUUCUUUGUCCACAACAGGUAUCUGGUCAUCUAAGAGUUUUCAGUGCAAUGCCAAUACUAUUGCACCCCAUCUGAUCUUUUUCUGCCCUGGCACAUGAUGACUGCUUUGACCAUCAGAAACAUUUACCGAGAUACUCUACUUUCUCCCUUCAAAAACGUCUGAUUAUCAGAUUCUGGUAUCCCUUUCUCCACCCCAGUGCCACAGCAAUCAUCCUUCUCCUUGGAAGGAUGCAUUUCCUUUAUAUAUUAUGGUUUAAAGGAGUCAUCUUAGUACCAGCCUCAGCAUCUUCUCUUGUAUUUAGCCAAAGAAGUGAAGCUCAUAUCCGGCAGAGCACAAGAACACCUGUUGCUUUCAUCAACUUGAAAGCUUCUGUUUGAAUGCUCUUGGGCAACAUGUACUGGAUUCCACUGUGCAGUUGUUCAACAGGUAUAUAUGCCCACCUUUGUACAGCCUUUAAAAUGUUGUUAAACCCUGUACCUAUCUGACUACUCUGGAUCUGGAGCCUGAAAUCACACAUAAAAGCACAAUUAUCAGAUGGAUGCCCGAACUAGUAAAGUUAAAUUUGCCAGCUCAGAAUUCACCCCCUCUGGUGGUUGAAAGACUAAAUUCAGUUAUGGUGGUGACACCAAAAGGGAAAAAACAAAAAACUAGGAAGUAUGGUGGAACAGGUACAAAAGAGGCAUACGAGGGUUUUGGGAAAGGCAGUUUGCCCCAUAUGUAAGAGUGUUAAAAAACAGUUUAUUGAGAAUAUCUGUUCUGAUUUUUGUAUCUUUGGCAUAUUUAAAAUUAUCAUUUUAAACAUUGUUUUUAAACUAUUAUAUUAUUUUUAUAUUGUAUUAUGAUUUAUAGUUUUGUGUAAACCACUUAUUCUACCACAUACAAAUAUCAUAAUCCCCUUUAAACAGAUGCUUUCCCUGAAGCAAGUCCUAUUUUGAUAGAAUAAACUUUCAAGCAUAUAUACUUAGUACUACAUCCUUAUUUUAAUUUACAUGGUAGGACUCAAGUUAUAGUUUGAGUUGGCCACCAAGGUUCUUGCCCACCCCACCAUCCUUCCUCUAAUCUCUUACUUACACUCAACAUCCUUCCUACUGGCUACAUGCAGAGAUGUGCCUCUUUUGCCACAGGCAAAGCAUCAGUCAGAAUCUCAAAGAUGAGGCAGCUGUCCAAACUGGAGUCUUAGUGCAAUUCAGCAUGACGACUGCUCUUUGAAGCUUCAAUGUUUUCACUUGUAGUUACUUGGGAUCUUUGUAAUGAGAUCAGCCAGAAUUUCCAUGUAUUCUGUGUGGAAUGCCCAUUCAUUACGGCCUUUGCCCUGAAUCUCAAAAGGGCACCAACACUUUCCCAAUUGCUGUAUAAGUUCACCAGCAUGUCACACUUUAAUUUGCCUUGAUCCUCCUAGUCUGGUAACAGUCAGCAACCACAGCCUUCUUAAUAACUAUUACUUUGCUGAUAUGGGAAAGUACAAUUAUCUAUGUCUCCUUGAUUCAACAGAAUUUACUUUCAGAGACAUGUAAAACUGUACCCUAAGGCAUGUACCCACAAGUCACCUGGUGAAGAAUUUGCACUCCUAUUUCACAAUGCAUGAACACUUCAGUACCUUGGAUGUGUUGAAGUCCUUACAGAGAACACCAACCUCACACUGGAGCAUAACAAAGGAAGAUCUGGGUUCUUGCUUGUAAGGAGAGUCUACCCAUGAGCAAGUACCUUUCCACUGCAGAGACAUCCAUUUCCAUGCAUAGAAAACAACAUGAGUACAAGGCAUUACCCUCGCUACUGUGUCUAAGAACUAGAAACAUGCUGAACAUUUUUAGAGCUGUUUGAUGUUAUGUGAUGCAUAUACUGUGACAAAGGCAAUUUUCAUACAUGAAACUGGCAGGUGUAUUUGUGAAUAUGGUUAAUUCUGUAUAGAAAGGAGGGAGAGAAAAAGAGGUGUCUUGCAUUCAAAAUAUAUCAUCUGGCCAGCUAAGUUUUAUAUUAUUGUAUCACAAAUGAAACAGACCAUGAAGUGUGAAAAUGUUCUUAGGGGUUUUAUGUAGCCCAAAAAGACACUUUCGU